CAGCUACACACUGGUAAUAAAGCCAUGAAAAGAUGCUCCUGCACGGGAUUAAAACAAUAAAACAAGCAACGAGAAGUCUGGGAAAACUUUGCAGAACUGUGCACAAACUUUGAUAGACUACAACCCAAAUCACUUCCUUACAGUUUCGAGUGUGUUAGCAUUGUUUUAUCUCAUCACUAUUGCCAUUGGACGCGUUUUUUUUUUCUUCUGGAGCAGUCCAGUCUGAUGAAUUCACCGAAAAAAGACGGAGAUGAUGAUGUGCCCGUUAAAGACCCGGUAAAAUACGGCGAAUUGGUCAUUUUGGGGUACAAUGGCUCUCUUCCAAGCGGAGACCGGGGGCGCAGAAAGAGCCGCUUCGCUCUGUACCGAAGGGCUAAGGCCAACGGUGUCAAACCCAGCGCUGUGCACAUCCUCAACACACCACAGGACAGCAAAGCUGUACACAGCAGGGGGCAGCACAGCAUCUCUUUCACUCUGUCCCGCAACCAGACAGUGGUGGUGGAGUACUGCCAUGACAACAACACAGACAUGUUCCAGAUUGGACGCUCCACAGAAAGUCCCAUUGACUUUGUGGUGACAGACACCUCCGGAGGGGGGAAGGAGGGAGAGGACCCCUCCAUCGCUCCUAGCACCAUCUCACGUUUUGCAUGCAGAGUGGUGUGUGAACGCAACCCGCCCUACACUGCUCGCAUUUACGCCGCAGGCUUUGACUCCUCCAAAAAUAUCUUCCUAGGGGAAAAAGCAACCAAAUGGAAAAACCCUGAUGGGCACAUGGAUGGCCUGACCACCAACGGGGUUCUAGUGAUGCACCCGGAGGGGUUCCCAGAGGACCCCAAGCAGGGGCUGUGGAGGGAGAUCUCUGUUUGUGGUGAUGUGUACGCCCUGCGGGAGACACGUUCUGGACCCAGCCGGGGCAAACUAGCAGAGGGUGAGAGCAGCGCACUAAGAGACGGGUCCCUGGUUGACCUGUGCGGUGCCACCUUGUUGUGGCGUACAGGCGAGGGACUCAUGCGUGCUCCCACCUUGCGUCACUUGGAGGCGCUUCGCCAGGAGCUUAAUGCGUCCCGGCCCCAGUGUCCUGUAGGCCUCAGCACCCUGGCCUUCCCCAGCCUGCCACGCAGCCACAGCCUUGAAGAACGUCAGCCCUGGGUCUACCUCACUUGCGGCCACGUACAUGGACGCCACGACUGGGGCCAGAGAUCUGAAGCAGAGGAGGAACCAGGAGAGGGCGAGGGCUCCACGGCACGCCGAGAAUGUCCCCUGUGCAGGAGCGUCGGUCCCUACGUGCCCCUGUGGCUGGGCUGUGAACCUGCUGUGUAUGUGGACGCCGGCGCUCCUACGCACGGUUUUGUGCCGUGCGGUCACGUCUGCUCAGAGAAGACAGCCAGGUACUGGGCCGAGACACCACUACCCCACGGGACCCACGCCUUCAGACCCGUCUGCCCCUUCUGCUCCACUGCCCUCAGCUCCCCCGGCUGGACGCGGCUCAUCUUCCAGGGCCCCAUCGACUAGUCGCUACAACACAGCAACCACUAACACAGUAACAGAAAGAUGCCCGAGCUUCAUUCAUGUUGCAAACGUUCAUCAGUAAGGAAAGGUAAUUAAUUACGAGUGGGUAGUGUAAUUUUCUUGUUAUUAAGCAUACAUAUUCUCAGUCAGUAUUCUACACUGUCACUGAAUGCAGCUCGGGACCGAAGAAUCCCUCCCCUUGUUUAUCCUCCAGUGGUUGUUAAUCGGUUAAUUUGGUUGGUUGAGCUGGUAAAAGAUGAGGAUGACAGGUGAUUAAACCAUGACAGAAUAAUCAAUACUGUCAUGUGAACAGUAUUUACUCCAGGGUCUUUGUGGUGUCCGCUCCUCUGGAAUUCAAGAGUCUGCUGUUUUUCAUUCCAAACAAACUCUACGUCAGCUGAUUUACCCAACCUCCAAUAAGAGAAGGUUCUCAGAAGUAACAGUGAAUAUACACAGGAGCUGAAAUGAUCCUGGUCCCAUCACAAACUGUUAUUUUACUCCAUUAUCAAGUGACACAGCCUUAGAAGUAAUUAUACACUUCAUAUGAAAUAUUCAGACUCUAACGCUUGCCUGUAGGAAAUGACAAGUAGCUCUUUUGCACAUAAGAAAGAAAUGGUGUUUUUAUCUGGUUGCAGGUCUGUAGUCUCCAGACAGUCUCCAGUUAUAGAUGUUUAGUAUUGCACUUUCUGACCCGCACUUAUUUGCACUCAUUUGCAUACUGACUUCCGUGUUUGCUUCCUGAACGACCAACUGAUGUAUAUUUAUAGCUGUAUUCAACGUGCUGCAUUAACUACUUAUGGUAAAUGUGGGAGUUUACAAGGAGGGAUAAGAGUCUUGUGCUUCCAUGCAACAUUUCAAAUUCCUAUUGUUCCACGAAGAGGAAAUUAUUAACCAUCGUUAAAACCAGGACAUCUUUGAGUAUAUGCAGUUGUCAUCGUUUGUAUUCACACGUCCUUUUAGUGUGAAAUCUAUGCACAGGACCCUCCCCCCAUAAAUGAAACCCCCUGUGUGCCAUCAGUUUGGAGUGAUAGCUGCAGACUCUGUGAACAGCACUAAAGGACCAGAGGGAACACUACAUACCACAUAAAGCCAGGUCUUAUCCAGAUUAUCAAGCAGACAGAGGAUAAACAAGGGCUGGGAAUAAACUGGGUAAACUCCACUUCAGAACUCUCUAAAGCAAUAAUAGCACUCCCAUAGAUAAGCUAGAUGUGCUAUGUUUAGCCAGGUGUAAGGUCAGCAGUCACUUCGAACAAGGCUGAAAUGGUUUCCAGGUUAAGGGCUCGACCGGAGGCGUGUUCAAGUCCAUGAUUUAUUUUAUUUCCGAAUGAGGUCUUAGACCAGAUAUCUCAGCGUGUGCGAUGUAACCAAAGUCUUUAGGUUUAAAGAUGAGCAACUGGAUCAGUGACUAAAUACCCGACAUUUAUUUAAAUACUAAUUUCAAAUGCAUUAAGCAGCCUCAUCAUGCUGACACAACUCAGCAUGUUCAGGCUGCAGAACGACACAGCAGCUAUCGCAAACGAAUGUGUUGUAUUGUUAAGUUAAUUUGAACACACUUCUGGUUACUGAAUUAUGCUAAACAGGGUCUACGUUAGUGUGAUGGAGAGUCAAAAAGGUUUGACCUUGCAUAACCUCAAAAGAAAAUCUUUUUGUUUGUUUGUUUCAAAGAAAACUAUUUUGUUAGGAAA